UCAUUCAGCUGAUCGUUGCUUCACAGUAGAAUAAGACCUGAUUGACUCAGACACGGACUCGAUAUUUGUUCUCAUCUAUUUGUGUUUCUGCUGCUCGGACUGGAAGAAGUCCGGCUUCAUGUUUCCUCUCUGGACUUUGAUCCUGUGCUCGGCUUUCAUUGUCAGGACUCCUGUUGAAGGUGAGGUUCUGGUGAUUGGUCCAAAGUUUCCAAUCAUCGCUGCUCCGGGUGAUGAUGUGAUCCUGCCGUGUCACCUGGAGCCCACGUUUGAUGUUCGGGGUCUGACGGUGGAGUGGUCCCAACCCGACCUGAAGCCCGACCCGUCAGACCGGCUGAGUCGAGUCGAGUACGUUCACCUGUACCGGGACAAGAAGGAGGUCCCCGACAUGAAGCUGGCAUCGUACUUCAGGAGGACGGAGCUGUUCAUGGACGACCUGAAACACGGGAACAUUUCACUGAAGAUCCUGAACGUGUUGGAGGAAGACAGCGGCAGAUACAGAUGUUUCAUCCCGAAGCUGCGGAGCAGCAUGAAGGCUGCCAUCGUUCAGCUCGUAGUUGAUCCAAACGUCACUAAAACUUUGACAACAGAGAUGCCGCUGCAUCCCAGAAAUCUCCAAACUCCAGGUCCUCAGGAUGUGACUCCACAAAAAGGUGAUACAGCCCUCUAA